AUGAAAUUGCAUCUUCGUGGCUCAGUCUGGUGGCCGAAGAUAGACGCCGACGCGGAAUCAUUUGUGAAAAAGUAUCGAGGAUGUAUCUUGGUUUCUGCACCGGAGCCGCCAGAACCAAUGGUACGCAAAGAGAUGCCAAAUGGACCCUGGCAGGGGAUUGCUAUCGAUUUUCUAGGACCUUUGCCAGAUGGACAAACUUUGUUGGUCGUAGUUGACUAUUACAGUCGUUAUAUUGAAGUUUGCGAAAUGAACCAGACUACAUCAAAGGAAACAAUUGCCCAGCUGUCAUCAAUGUUCAGUCGUUUCGGCGUUCCGUUAACAUUGCGGGCUGACAAUGAACCUCAAUUCAAUGCAAAUUGCGAGGAAUUCCAAGCAUUCUGCAAGGAUUUGGGAGUACAGCUGAUCAACACAAUUCCCUAUUGGCCGCAACAAAACGGGGAAGUCGAGCGACAAAAUCGUUCAAUUUUGAAAAGAUUAAAGAUAGCACAACAACUCGGCCAGGACUGGAGAAAAGUUUUGUCACAAUUUUUGCUAUCGUACCAUGCGACAACUCAUCCCACAACUGGUCGUGCACCGUCCGAAUUGAUGUUUGGGCGACGAAUUAGAACAAAGCUACGUCAGGUACCAACAAUCACUCUAGCAAAUGAGGAAUGCAGAGAUUAUGAUAAACUCCAGCAAGUAAAAGGAAAGGAGUACACCGAUGUUAAACGAAAAGCCCGUCUUAGCGAAAUUACGGUAGGAGAUCAUGUUCUUGCAAAGAGGAUGCGAAAAGAUAACAAAUUGAGUACGAAUUACGCACCUGAGGAAUUUGUUGUGAUCAGGAAAACAGGAGCCGAUGUUACAAUAAAAUCAGUCGAAAACGGAAAGGAGUAUCGUCGUAAUGUGGCUCACCUGAAGAAGCUGUUAGACCAUAUUGAUAAUCCGUCGAACGCAGGAGGUGCUGAUGCGGAGGAAACAACGGAGACUAUGUCGUCGAAAAGCUGCAAUGCAGGAUCAUCUACCGAGACAACAUUAACGAUGAUGCAGCCUCAGAAGGAUAAGUUAAUCAGCAUAAAGCGAAACCGUAAUAUGCCCGUUAAAUUCAAAGAUUAUCUACCACACUAG